CCCCUUCUGACGGGCGGUAUUCAAUCCCAAUCGUCUAAUACUUCCAGUCCUUUAUACUUUAUAGUCUUGUCGAUCAUUCUUGCAUGGUUUAGCCCCUUGCGUUUUGUUUCAUUCAUCCAGUCUUUUCUCCAUUGCAUUCCAUCCCCUAUGGAGGCCAUCCGCUCAUUCGCCGGCUAUCUGUGGGAGUCGGCCACCUUCUGGAAGACGACAGCUCUCGUCCUGGCCCUGCUGAACCUGAAGGCGCUGCCUUUGGUCUGGCAUAUCCGCGUCUACCGCUACUUCUUCAAGCAUGGCUACCUCAUCACCCCCGCCGUCGAGCAGCCCCCGCGCCCCAGCACCGAGAUCCUCGAGCCCCUGAGCAUCUACUCGCACGCUCCCGUGCUGGAAAUCGACUUCAACCUGCACAAGUCCAACUCCACCUACUUCUCCGACCUCGACGUCUCGCGAACGGCGCUCAUGUCCAACAUCGUCGUCAAGGGGGCCGCCCUGCUGGAGAAACGGCUGGAGCAGCAAGGCAAAAAGGGGUUUUUGGGGUUCCUGUUGGGCAGUGUCUACACCAAUUUCAAGCGCGAGAUCCCCGCCUACACCCAGUACGAGGUCAAGUCGCACAUUGCCAGCUUCGACAGGAAGUGGAUCUAUAUCGUGACCUACUUCCUCAAGCCGAGCAAGUCGCGCUCCCCGCGGGGAGGGGCCGCUGCGGAGGACCCCGAGAAGCUGCUCAAGCGGCUGUAUGCCGUCUCCAUCAGCAAGUAUGUGCUCAAGAAGGGCCGCUACACUGUUCCGCCGAAGGAGGCCUUCGAGGCUGCGGGGUAUACUCCCUUCUUCUCCGCGGCGGCGGAGGAGGAGGAGGCGAAUGGACAUGCGACGGGCGCGGAGAACGGCCAUGCGAAUGGGGAUGCGGUGCAGCGUGCGGCGGGUGCGGCUGGGAACUCGGAUGAGUGGGAGCGGUUGAAGAAGGAGAUCGAUCGGGGGUUGACGGUCAUUCAGCCGAUUGUUGAUCAGGAGGAGAGGCUCUUGGAGGAUUACGUGCACAAGAUGAGUCGUCCAAGAUUUGCAUAGGGGUUACGAUGAUAGAAGGGUGGAUAGAAUAUUAGAGGAUGGGUGUAUGUUAAUUAGCCAACAUAGAGAACGUUUGAUAGAUUCGAUUAGAAUAAUUCCUGCUGAAUCCGACAUGCAUG